AUGGUUGCCCUUACUCUGGUGGCUUUCACUCUAAACGGCGGCGCACCCUUUGGUCGUCCCGCGCCGUCAUAUGUUGAAAUCGGGAACAGAUUAAAACGAUCACCGGGCGGAGUUUUCCUUGCCUUCAUGGCUGCAUCCGUUGUCAUCAUGAAAAUUUCCGCUCGACCUUUGUUCUUAAAGAGCAUUUUCUUCAACCUUGCCAAACUUGGAGAAGAAAGCUCUCAGCCUUUCCGGCUUGCAUUUCGUGGUAAUGAUGAAUCUGAACGUUCAAGCAACCAUGGAAACUUUCUUGAGCUUCCACAGUUUCUUGCCGACCACAAUGAGGAUGUGAAAGCCGUUACUUUGAAAAAUGCUCCGGAUAAUCACAAAUUGACAUCACCAGAUAUUCAAAAAGACAUUGUAAAUGCUUGUGCAACUGAGACGAUCAAGGCUAUUAUUGAAGACGUUGGCACUUCGUUGUUCUCUAUUUUGAUUGAUGAAUCUCGCGACGUAUCAACGAAGGAACAAAUGGCUAUUGUAUUGCGUUAUGUGGACAAGAAUGGGCAUGUUAAGCGUUUUAUUGGCAUUGAGCAUGUUACUAGUACUACUGCUCUCUCACUUAAGGAAACCAUUGAUGAUGUAUUUUCUAGGCAUAAAUUGAGCAUGUUUAGGUUGCGUGGGCAAUGUUAUGAUGGGGCCAACAAUAUGCAAGGUGAGUUCAAUGGUCUUAAAGCUCUUAUUAUGAAAGAAAGUGGUUGUGCCUAUUAUAUUCAUUGCUUUGCACAUCAACUUCAAUUAGCUCUUGUAGCUGUGGCAAAGAAGAACAUCCAAAUUGAGUCUCUUUUUAUUAUAGUUACUAUUUUGGUAAAUGUUGUUGGAGCUUCAUCGAAGCGUUGUGAUCUUCUUCGAGAGAAGCAAUUUAUUAAAGCACUAAACAAUGGUGAGUUUAUAAGUGGCAAAGGCAAAAAUCAAGAAACUACUUUGAAACGUGCUGGAGAAACACGUUGGGGUUCACACUUUGGUAAAGUAUAA